AAGUUACGUCAGUCAGAAAAAGAAAAAAAACUUGUCUGAAAGAAAGUUUUUUACAUUUUAUUUGUUACAGCUAGAUUGUUUAACAUCUCAACAAAGACACAAUUAUUGCGACUUUUGAAAAAGCUCAGAUUUAAUUGAUCGAUAUCCGAGGUGGAGAAUCACGCCUGAUCUGCCUAAUCACGUUGCUGGCAGUUAGCUAAGUGGCACAGCAGCGGCGGCGCGGCAAUGGCAGUCGGGCAGUGAGACACAUGACACGAACAGUGCUGUGAGUCGAACAAACAAUUACGCUGGAGCCGAGAGAAGACACUUAAAGCAACAUGUCUCGGCACCGGAAUGUGCGAGGUUACAACUACGAUGAAGACUUUGACGACGAUGACGUGUAUGGACAGUCUGUGGAUGAUGAUUACUGCUGUAUAUCACCGACAACAGCAAAUCAGUUCAUCUACUCGCGUCAAGAUAGGCAAGCACCAAAGGAGGAACUUUUAGAAGAGGAAGAAGAUGAUGUACCCAUGUCCCCUACCACCAGUCACAACCUUGACCCUCUCGACCAAGCCAAGCUGUAUUCCUGUUUGGACCAUAUGCGGACUGUGCUGGGAGAUGCAGUGCAUGACUCAGUCCUGACCCAGGCAGCCAUAAGAUGUGGAUUCGACCCACAGAAGGCACUGGAUGCCGUCCUGUCUGAAGACGCCAAGACAGCCCAACUUACCAAAAGUACCAGUGAAGAGACGGCUUCGGUAGCCAGAGUUAGCCAGGAGAAAGCGCCGCUUCCACAAAGAACCAAACCAGAGGCCGUGGCUGAAAAAGGCGCCUGCUUGUCUGCUUCUCACAAAGACAUUACAUCCAAUGCACAUGAACACCAGACUGAUUGGUGCAAACACACACAACCUCGUGUGCAAACAAGUGCACCAAACUUGAGUGACCUCUUAUUGCAACACAAAGCUGCCCCGGUGGUUGGCAGCUCUGAAAAUCAAAUAUGUAUCCAUCAAAACAGUGACCCAGGUGUUAGUUGUGGUGCUAAUCUUGCGCAACUCAUAUCUCAGCAUGAGCAGAAGAGUAAAGCGACAGGAGCACUUCUCACAGGGCAAGGUUUGGGUGUUCACUCUUUAAGUGCCCUCACCAUGGGACCGAAUUCCCCACUGUCCAUUAUGCCGAGCCAGAAUAGUCUUUCAUUGGGGACAUUGGCGUCUUUAAGCAUUUCAUCAGCAUCUCACAACUCGGCUCCCCCCCUCCUCCCAGUUUCACUCAGUAGUCUGUCCCUAAACAACUCCAAGAUAACUGCAAGCUCUCCUCUGGCUGUUCCCUCUGGGUUUGGAAGUCUCAGUUCUGUCCUAUUGUGCAAUCAGCACUCAGUGGGAGUUGGGAAUGGCAGCAAAGCCACGAUGGCUGAUCCAAAGGGAAGCCCAUCAUUGGCUGAUUUAAUGCAGGAGCAUUCAAACCGCAGCCCAACCUUCAGUAACUACUCUCACGCACCCCAAAGCAGCAUCACUUCUGUGACAUGUCAGGGGAUGGCUGCACCGGCACAAAUGCUCUCGCUGUCUGGCCUCGCUUCACAGCACCAAAGCGGCAAUACGCACAUUCAAUCGCAUUCACAAAGCACCGAACAACCAGCCAGCACACUGGCCUUUUCUAAACCAAACAACAAUACCCCUGCAUGCCUCGCUGGAACUGUCUCAUUGUCUCAGCUGGCCUUGCAGCAUCAACCCAACAGUUCCUUAACUUUCCCUCAACCCGUAAGUGUUCCAUCUCCAGCAAGUGCACUGACACAACCACCUGGCAUCUCUGAGCUGCUUUCUUUGUCACAAUUGGCAUCUAAACACAAAGGCAAAACCUCAACCACCUCAAAUGGGUCACAGUACUCCCUCACCUCGCUCCUCUUACCAGCAAAACCUGAGAGGGCUGCUGUCUUAGCAGAAAGUACUAAAGAGGGUGGGACCAAGUGUAAGCUCGACCACAAACCACACCACCAAAAUAUCAGGUCACCUAAACUGAAGCAGACUAUUGAUUUGAGUGCACUCAUGGCCCAGUCGGAUGGAGCGGGCCCUUGUCCUUUUGACGACAACCUCCUCUCGCCGUCGUCUCCAUACUCGGUUGACGUGGGGCCGGAUUCUUCCGUUUUUGCACAACCAUCAAUAUUUGCGGUCACUUUGUCAAUUCAGGGCCACAGACGACAGAAAAGGACGAGGAAUUCAUUGAAGGGAGAAAUAAGAGGUCAGAAGACGGGAAGUGGUUACAAGACUUUCCUGCCUGAAUCACAAGAUAAAUCACCUGAGCAGCAGACGCCACUCUCGCCAAUUGUACCGUUCCGCUUCGACGCCCCUUCGCCUGACGACCUUGUCCGUGCUAAUCAGCGAAAAGCUUUCACCAGGUAGACGAGUGGAAACAAAUGGUUUAAUAAUAAUAAUGAACUUGAUUCAGCUGCGUCCAGGUUGGGGCUAAAUGAACUCUCUUUAGAUGAGAACCUCAGAUCUUUUUGGUGGCCUUUCCUUCACCAACUGAAGUGACCUCAAAGAGAUGCAGCACUCGUCAUACCUUUUUUUUGCUUUGUCCCACAAUCAGUGAUGUGGAGUAAAAGAAACUUUUGGGACUGACAGAGUGAUUGAAUGACAUACUCACUGCUGAGAACUCUGCUAGAAACCGUAUUACUAAAGGAUUAAUUUUUUUAUACCGGCAUGCACAAAGUGUUAAGUUACUACUACAUGCACACAAAUUAUGUUUUAGGUCAAACAAAAUAAACUACUUAGUCUCUCUGGCAGCUUGAACAUAAUCACAGCUACGUUGCAAAGGAAGAAUUGUAUUUUAAUUAUUUUAUUCUUCUCAUUUACUGUAGUUAAUUUUUCUACCUUUUUUAAAAUUUGAGUCUUAUUUUUCUAUGCUUAGAUGGCCAUUGGCUUUUUUAUUGUCAUUGUUUUGUAAGGUGUAAAGUAUCUUAAUCUAAACCAGGGAACAUUUAAAGUAUUUCUCUUUCUGUAUGGCCUCUUUUUUGCUUUUGAUCUGCAUGAAGCCUCAAAAUGAAAAAAAAAAAAGAGGUUGAUUUUGUUUGCAGGUGUGCUGCAGCUAUUGGAAUAUGGAUCAGUUAACCAUUGUUCUGGUUUAUUGCUGCCUGUGUUUGAGAUCAUGGGGUAGACAUUUUUGGUUUUGAGGACACCUGGAGAUUUUCCCAUGGAGGAGCGAGAACAAACGCAUGCAAGUGCAUCCUGACAAUACACACGCACACAUACAUACACAUACACACACACACACACACACACACACACACAAUUUUAAUGUUUUAUUGAAAAAAUGAGGUUACUAUGAAUGCAGGCACUGUAAAUAAAGAUGGCACUGAAUGAUUAAAAAAGUAAUGCCUUCAGGUAUAAGAGGGUUUUCUUAUUUAACUUAUGUACAAAUGAGUCUGAUUCCCAGUGGGUGUCAUGACACUCCGCCAGAGCUUAUUUUGUAAAUUUUUGAAAUAAAAAUGACAAUGUACGUUCUCUGAAUGCACCUGUGUCCGGGCUUGUCUCUGGUUGAGGGUGUAAAAAUGAUAUUUUAAGGGUUUAAUUGAACAUAACUAGUUAGUCUAUUCUAUUCCCUAUUUGGAUGUAAAAUAUGAGUAGAGCAUUAAUGUAGUAGCAAGUCGAUAAUGACGGAUUAACUAGUGACAUCAUGGUAAUAAUAUUUAAUUAAUUAAUAUUAAAUAGAAGGCAUGUCGAUUUUGAUAAUUAAAUGAUUUAGAAAGAAAACUCUGCAUUGUGUAUCUGUUGCAGUGAAUGGUUUGUAGGUUAGCCCGAGUUUGUUCAAGCAUUUGUCCUGUCUAGUUUGAGUCAUUAGUCUUUCUUUGAAUGGAGAAACUUGCCCUUUAAAGAAAUGCAUGUUUCAGAUUGGACAGGAACUGGCUCCAUGGUUGGUACACAACAGCACUGUUGUAUGCAGUCUUGUUAGCCCUAAUAACCUACCGCCUAAAUGGUCUUACUGUUGUAAGGACAAUUUGUCUGUGUUUAUAGUUAUGAGACGGAAGGAGACGAUCAGGGCAAACUUACCAUACUGUUGAGUCAUUUUCCUGCACUGCCUCAUUGUUGAGACUGCUGUUUGAGUGAAGUAGUAGGGUUUUGGCUAGAUGUGUGUAAACUUGACACAGGUGCAGAGAGCUGAGUGAAGGGAACCCCUCGGGGUGGCAAACAGACUGAGGGAAAAGAUAGUCAAUGAGGAGCAGAUAGUGGUUAUAAUGGAAAGUCAAACAUUAGAGGUUUAACGGGUUUAUUGGUGUACUUGGAGCAUUGUGGUGUCUGGAAAUAAUAUGGUCUGCAAGGGAUGUUUUGUGAGUGAAGAUGUGGUACAGCGUGUUUUUUGGAUGUGAUAAUUAUGAAAUGAAUAAGUCUUAUUAACAAGUGGGUUUGUCCGGUAACUGUUUCGUCCUUUUUCUCUUUUAAGGCGGGCCAGUGUGUGGGUUUAGAGCAGGAAGCUGCACUCUUGGAGAAAAUGUCACAGAGUCGGCUUUCGCAGCCGAUCUUCUCGCUCUCUGUGUGUCUCACACCUACGUAGGAAAAUCUGAUCGCGUCUCUUGACUUUCACAGCUUUGUCAAAAGGCUUCGACAGAUCAAAUCAUUUUACUAUCAUUUUCCUUUUACAGGCUCUGCAGUUCUGCAAGGUGUACACACAUGUUGCACAAACGUAGCAUUUUGUGAUGUGGUGCCAGAAUUGGAAAAUACAAAUUUUUAAAAAUGUUUUUACUCGGCUGCAUUUGGAUUGACGUGCCAUCAAUACCACUGCUUUGUUGUGGUAUGAUUUUGUUUACAGGGGGAAAAAAAACACUGGGCUAAGAUAGAAAUAGGAUUCCUUAUUCAAAUGGAAAAAGUUGCGUUCUUGUUGAGAGAAAUACACGAGUUAACUUCUAGAGAGGCUGAAGGCCCAAACGCUCCUAAAGACGCUUGUAAAGCAGUGGUGUGACAGUUUGCAGAAGCCGUGCACAGUGGCUUCAGAAAUCAAUCUGGUUUGUUUAUUAUCUAUAUGUUGUGGUUGUGCAGCAUGAAUCCAAAAAGCCUUUCGUUGACAGCAAUAAUGUAGUUGUGCAAAAUGUUUUUAAUGGCGGCGCAGUAACAUCUCGGGGGAAGGGUAUUCAGUCCUAAGUAUCAACCGUGGAUGUUGUUGGACCAGCUCGGUACCGAUCUGUAUCGUAGAACGUUCCCGUUUGUUUUGCAUGUUGCUCAAGUUGGAAGCCAAGUGUACACGACGAGUUGUCUUCAAGUGGACUUUUCUUUCUGAUUCGGCUUUGGUAGUCUGCUCCUUCCCUCCUCAGCUCUUCCCUAACAUAGUUGUAUCAUAGUAUGAGUGUGAUGAUGAAGUAUGAAGUUAGCCGUGAACAUGGCGGUGCAGUGUGCGUGUCUACGUAUGUGUAUAGCUUUGAGUUUUGAGCCCCUGAAAUGAAACUCAUCCAGUGUUGCCAGGCUUUACUCACCGAACACUUUUUUUUCCCCAUCUUGCCAUCCGAUACCUGAACUUGCGUAUUGUCCGAUACGACCCGAUACCAGUGUGUUUUUAAAAACACACAGAAUAAUAUUUUAACGGCUGUGCACCACUCACUGUGUACUCAUGUGAUAUGAUGAACAUUUUAGAACAUUAUACAUCUUUUUACAUUUAUUUUUUUAUUUUACAGGGACAAUGCACACCAAUUAACAGUAAAACUGUAAGUUAGCCAGAGACAGAUUUGUUUUGAAGGCAGCCAGAAAUUACAACAUUUCCAAUAACAUAAUGCAACUAAGAUUCAACGAUAGACAGACAGUGACGUAUGGACAAAAAAAUAAAUUCACAUAUAAGCAAAAGAAAAGUGUACCUACAGUACGAGCACAUGUAUAACACUGAGGCACAUAACAUACAUCAACACUGAAUAAUAAUAAUGUACACUUUUAUAUCAAGACACAUGUACACCAAACAAGCAAGCAGGACAGAGGGUUCAUUAAUGGUAACACGCCAUUAAUUAACGCUAUGUAGGAAUGUUUUGUACGUGUUUUUUGUGCGUAUGUCUGAUGGAAGAUCAUUCCACGAGUCGGCUGAAUUCACAACAAAAUGCAGAUUUGCUAAAAGAGCUUGACCUAUGUGAGAUGACACGAUCACCUCUUGAAGCAGAUCUAGUGUCCGCCACUUAAAGUGCGUUGUUUAAAAUCACUCGGCGGAGGCGGAGCCAUAGCAUGUACAAUUUUAAAAACCAGACACGCAUUAGUGAAUGUAAUGAGGUUCUCUCAACUCAAGAUAUGGUGCUUGAUGAGGAUAUUGCAGUAAUGGUGACUUUAAAAAAAA